ACGUGCUUGUUUUUAUUAAAUCCUAUCCACGUCUAUAGAACCGGCUUCCUGUGACGUCAUAAUACCGCGACGCCCCGUCCUGUUUGAAUAUGGCGUCCAGAUUGGAGAUCAAUUUUGUUAGGUUAUUGUCUCGUUGUGAAUCUAUAGCCUCGGAUAAACGCAGUGAGGCGGAAUGGAGACUGGAGAAGUAUGUUGGUGCCUUGGAAGAGAUGUUGGUGGCUCUGAGGAAAAGCAUAAGCAAACCCACACCGGAAGUGCUGACAGAAUACACAAGAAAGGUGGACUUUCUCAAAGGCCUUUUGGAGGCAGAGAAGCUGUCAUCAGCGACAGAAAAGGCCCUCGCCAACCAAUUCCUGGCUCCCGGGCGAACGCCAACCAUAGCCAACGAGAGGAUGCCCGCCACGAAAACCGUCCACAUGCAGACCAAGGCCCGAUGUACCGGGGAGAUGAGGAACGAGCUGCUCGGCACGGGCUUGGCAAGCAAAGAAACAGAUUUACGCCACAGAAGAGGUCUGCCGCUGGAUGAGCGCCAGUCAGCGGCCGAACUGGACGCCAUCUUGCAGCACCAGCACAACCUGCAGGAGAAGAUCGCAGAGGACAUGCUCAACCUGGCCAGGAACCUAAAGAACAACACGCUGGCGGCACAGAGUAUCAUCAAACAGGACAACCAGACGCUGAGCCACUCCAUGCGUCAGGCGGAUCUGAACUUUGAGAAGCUGAAGACGGAGUCGGAGCGCCUGGAGCAGCACGCCAAGAAGUCUGUCAACUGGCUGCUGUGGCUCAUGCUCAUCCUGGUCUCCUUCACCUUCAUCAGCAUGAUCCUCUUCAUCAGACUCUUCCCCAGGCUCAGAUGAUGCUCGAGAUGGAAAGACGUCGUGUAUACGCGUGUGAGCUCGAGGUCAGGAACAGCGUUAAACAGCGAUGGAAAAGUGGACUGGUGCAAGCGGACAGUGGAAAACCACCCGACAGACCUUUCGUGGACGGACCAUUAUCCCGGAUAACACAUCCAUCCGUCAUCAUCAUCAUCAUCAUCACAACAACUUUCAUUCAUUAAACAGAUCAUAAAUGUGCUGAAAUGAAGUCUUCCCCUUUAAAUAUGCUCACAAAUGUUGCUAUUCCGGGCUGCACGGCGGUCUAGUGGUUAGCGCGCAGACCUCACAGCUAGGAGACCAGGGUUCAAUUCCACCCUCGGCCAUCUCUGUGUGGAGUUUGCAUGUUCUCCCCGUGCAUGCGUGGGUUUUCUCCGGGUACUCCGGUUUCCUCCCACAUUCCAAAAA